AUGGGCAAGGGACAAUCAAAACCAAAUGCAUCGACAGUUCCAAAAGGUGCAGAACAUCGUCGACGUGUCAAUAUUCAGCGAAUGCAAAAUGUUCUUCUAAUCUGGUUAGAUAGUAACAUUGCCGAUACAAAUGAUGAUUGUCAAAAUACAAUCACAAAACUGCGAUGUAUUGUGAAUGAUAUUAAUACAUUUAUAGAUAGCGAUCAAUGCCUUGAAUUCAUUCAAACAGUUGUCGACAAAAAGAUGUGUAUGAUUAUAUCUGGAUCACUUGGACAAAAUAUUGUGUCUCGUAUGCACAGUAUGCCUCAAGUGGAUUCAAUAUUUAUUUUUUGUGGUAAUAAAAAACAUCAUGAACAAUGGGCUAAAGAUUGGCCCAAAAUAAAGGGUGUCUUCACAGAUAUUACACCUAUCUGUGAAGCGCUCAAGGACGCUGCUCAUCAAUGUGAGCAGAAUGCCAUUUCCAUGAGUUUUGUGGGAACAAAUAAAAAGCUGGAUCAAUUAGAUCCUUCUUUUAUGUACACUCAAAUCCUUAAAGAAAUAUUACUCACCAUCACAUUCAACCAGAAGCACACUCAAGAUUAUCUUAAUUACUGUCGUGAUGCUUUUGCCGACAAUGAAGAAGAAAUGGUCAAUAUUAAACGAUUAGAAAGCCAAUACCGCAAGAAAACACCAAUUUAUUGGUAUAGCUGUCAAAUGUUCUUGUACCCCAUGCUCAAUCGUGCAUUACGAUUGAUGGAUGGUGAUAUCAUUACACAUAUGGGUUUCUUCAUUGGUGAUUUACAUCGACAAAUUGAACAACUACACAAGGAACAAUAUGGUGGUACAACUGCUGCUAACACUUUCACCGUUUAUCGUGGCCAAGGUUUUUCUACAGAUGAUUUCGAACAAAUGAUGAAAACCAAAGGCGGUCUUAUUUCAUUCAACAAUUUCUUAUCGACUAGUACGGUUCGCAAAGUUUCACUAAGUUUUGCUCAAUAUGCUGCAAGAAAUCCAGAUCAGGUCGGUGUUCUUUUUAUCAUGAAAGUUAAUCCUGCUCAAUUAACAACACCAUUUGCGUCCAUUGCCGGUAUUAGUAAAUUCCAAAAGGAAGAGGAAGUCUUAUUUUCGAUGCAUAGCGUGUUCCGUAUCCAGGAUAUUAAACAGAUGGGUGGAAAUAAUCGCUUAUAUGAAGGUAAUUUAGUAUUAACUGCUGACAAUGAUCCAGAACUAAGCAGACUUACUGAUUAUAUUCGACAAGAAAGUUUUCCAGAUGAAGAAGGAUGGUAUAGAUUGGGUUCGGUACUAUAUAAAAUGGGUCAAUCUGGCAAAGCUGAAGAUAUUUAUCAAGUUUUACUUGAUCAAACAAAGGAUGAUAAAGAUAGAGCACUUAUUUACCAUCGACUUGGUUGUAUUAAAGAUGCUCAAGGAAAAUAUCAGGAUGCACUUACAUUCUAUAAAAAGUCACUUGUUAUCAAACAAAAAGCUCUUUCUCCUAAUGAUCCUGAGUUGGCUAAGUCCUACAACAAUAUUGGUUUAGUGCAUGAUAGCAUGGGUAAUUAUCCAAAAGCACUUUCAUCUCAUGAAAAAGCCCUUGAAAUUUGGCAACAAUCACUUCCUUCCAAUCAUCCUAGUUUGGCUAUGUCCUACAACAACAUUGGUUUAGUGCAUGACAAUAUGGGUAAUUACCCGAAAGCACUUUCAUCUCAUGAAAAAGCUCUUGAAAUCAAACAACAAUCACUUCCUCCCAAUCAUCCUGAUUUGGCUAAGUCUUACAACAAUAUUGGUUCGAUGUAUAUAAGCAUGGAUAAUUACUCUAAAGCUCGUACAUUUUAUGAACAUGCUGUACAAAUUGCACAACAAUCAUUACCUCCAAAUCAUCCUCAUUUUCAAUCAUAUAGAAAAAACCUCGAACGUGUAAAAAACAAAUAA